AUUUAUUGCAUGGCAACAAAAUUCACAAUUGAUAACGCGUUUACAACUAUUCUUCGGAAUUCAAGUGCUAUUAAUGUUUUUUGUGAUAUACAUAUAACUUGAUAUUAACAGCUUUGUGCAUACAUUGUGUAGUAUGUAUAUAUAGUAGUUGUGUUUACAACAGUAUCAAAUGGCAGAAGGAAUCGCAAUAGUGAUGAAACGUUCAACAGCAAUUAAUAAAUAGGAUAAACAAAAACAAAACGAUUGGUUGGCAGUUAUAGCGUUUAUUUAUUUUGUAUAGUUUUUGUUCAGUGUUGUAUGUUUUCAGUUAAAAGUGAAAGAAGUCAGUUCUAUUUGAAAUUAUUUUGUUGAUAUUAACGAUGCAAGCACCAAAUGCAAUAUCUGUAACAAAAUAUUCGCAAAAGCGGAGCACGACCACUACAUUAAUAAGUUACACUUCAGCUUCCGUUUCCGCUUUCGCAAAAAUUUACUAUUUACUUCUAUUUCUGUUAUAACACUUCCGUUGCAUCACUAGUACCUAUACACAUAUUAUGCAUAGAUACAAAUUAAAUAUGGUCUUAUUAAUGUUAAAUGUCAGGUUGAUUCAGCUUUUAUUGGGCGAUCUAUUAUGUAACAUGGAUAUACAGGGUGUGCGUUGGGUUGCACAUGUCCAAUUGGUUUUAUUUCGCACUUGAACAGAACCGAGCUUAUUCGAUGCAAAAAAAAAAUCCUAAUACAUUCACCAAAUUGCUUUAAAUUGCCCGAAAUUACAUAUUUAUUAUAGGUAGAUAAAUUUACUAUCCGUUUAUCAUAUAUGUAUAUUUGUAUAUCGUUUCCGAAGUUGUAAAACGAUCCAAGAAGGUAACGUUAAUCGAUAAAAACAACAAAAGAGAAUUUCUGUUUUCGUAUGUCAUUUUAUUAAAAAAAAAUCGAAUGACCGAAUUGUGUGAAAACUUUGGAGAGUGCAAUUUAAAGAGAAUUCAUAAAACUAUUGACCUGUUUGAUAAUUGCGAAGUAGAAAAAAUGGCCCCGCAUUAUAAACUGACAUAUUUUCCCAGCAAGGCCAUUGGCGAACCAAUUCGUUUUCUGUUGAACUAUGGCAAUUUGGAAUUCGAAGACGAUCGUUUCGAUCGAGAAAAUUGGCCACAAUUAAAACCAAACAUGCCAUUCGGACAAGUGCCUGUUCUUGAAAUUGAUGGUAAGUUGACCCAUCAAAGUAUCGCCAUAGCCCGUUAUUUGGCAAAGAAAGUAAAAUUGACCGGUGAAAAUGAUUGGGAAGAUCUUGAGAUCGAUUCAAUCGUUGACACUAUAAAUGAUUUUCGACAAAAAAUUGCAUUAUAUCAUUACGAAAGCGAUACGAGCGUGAAAGAAUCCCGAAAAGAAAUUCUUUUCAAAGAAACUAUUCCUUACUACAUGGAACGUUUUGAAACCAUCGCAAAAAAUAAUAAUGGACACAUGGCUUGUGCCAAACUUACCUGGGCCGAUAUGAUGUUUGCUGGAAUGCUCGACUAUUUUAAUUUUAUGACGAAAGGGAAUUUAAUCGAAAACUAUCCCAAUUUGCAAACCGUUGUGGAUAAUGUUUUAAAUAUUCCUCAAAUAAAAAAUUGGAUCGAGAAACGUCCUCAGACCGAAUCUUAAUAACUGCUUUAAAUUAGAAGACUUCUUGUUGUUAUUUUUAAAAAAUUCAUAUUAAUUAUUGUGAGACAUGGUUUAUCGUUCUUUUUUUUGCUGUAAUUUUUAAUAAACUAAAUAUUGAUGAAGCAUUUUUGAUACACAUUCGUUACAAAUAUGUAGGUUUAUUUUGUUACCAAGUUAUAUAUUUUCACAAUAAACAUUUAUUUAUUUAUUUCGUUUACUCGAAGCGCAUUAAAAAUAUAGCUCAUUUUCAAACAAGAAAACUUUAGUCAGUAGUCGUUUUUUUUAUUUGUUGAUUUAUUAGAAGCAAUUACGGAAAUUGUAACUCAAAAACAUAGUGAUGGGAAAAAUGAAAAAUUUUUUACCGUUGUAGUUUGGAUUCAACAUUUAAUAGAAGAAUAAAAAAUAAAACUUUUAAUUUUAUCAUGCUUUAUACCGGCGUUUACAUUGGAAAACAAAUGUAAUAAAUAAAAGUACCAACAACAUAGCAUCUAAUUAGUUAUACAUAUUAUUAUCAUAUUGAACCACUUGGGCACGUUUGAAUUUCGACCGAAGAAGUAUUAUUUAAUGGAAAUUAAAAUGGAGUGAAUGUAUGACGACAUAUUUCCGUACAAGAAGAUUAGAGACAGGAGACUCAACUAAUGUGAAGUGGGUAGGUGCAUGCGGCAAAUUAUGAUUGUAUGAGUGGUCUCUGCGCAGUGGUAGACUGCGCGACAUUAUAGUUGUAUGAGUCUACAGUAAUAUGCGUAAAAGGAAAAUUUCUCACUUCUGCGCAACGUAGGUCGUAAAACGCGGACUACCCACUCUUUUCGGAUUACUUCUUUCUCUCCAGUUGAGUCUCCUUUCACUAGUUGUGUUGGAUUCUUUAUUGACAGAGAAACAACGCUUCAUUUUGAAAUUUGGGGACGUGUCCACAACUGAUUUUUCGAAGCUCCGAUGAGUUAAUCGAAACUAAAAGUUUUAAUUUUUCGCCCAGAAUUGGACUAAUAAAUAUGCUACUUUCCGUUCUCGGCUUUUAUUCUAUUAAUUUACAGUAAUGCCAGACUGUUCGCGUGCUUUAUGUGUGCGUAUAUUGUGUACAGGGACAUGUAUGUAGUGUCCUAAUUGUAUACAUACGUAUAUACAUACAUAGUAUAAAAGCUUGAAAGCCGGCCGGUAAAGGCAAUUGUGUGGUCGUACUCGAACCGUCCGCUGUUGUUGUAGUUUGUAUUUGUAUUGGUGUUGCACUCUAUACAUAAGUAACUAAUAAUCGAAGCGUCUAUCGUUUACACUACACUGUUGGUGAUUAAUAAGUGCAUUAUCUUACUGAUGAGCAAAUAGUUUAUACGGACCUGUUUUUGUAAAAUUGAAAAAUAAAA